CUUCACCAACCUGCCCAUCAUGAAGCCGUUCAUGCUGCAGGGCCACGAGCGGUCGAUCACGACGGUGCAGUACAACCGCGAGGGCGAUCUUGUGUUCUCGACGUCCAAGGAUUCGACGCCGCAUGUGUGGUUUGCGGACAACGGCGAGCGUCUCGGCACGUUUGACGGGCACAAGGGUACGGUGUGGGACUGCUCUGUGGACUUUAUGACGGAGCGGCUGCUGACGGCGUCUGCGGAUAACACGGCUCGGAUCUGGAAGGUAGAGGACGGGAGCCAGAUGCAUGCGUUUGAGUUCAAGACGCCUGCGCGUGUGGCGGAGUGGUCUGAGGGCAACAAGCUCGCGGCAUUUGUGACAGACCGGAUCAUGGGCCACGACGCGUACCUGUACGUGUACGCGAUUGCGGAGAUGGGCGAGGCGCAGUCGUCGGAGCCGCUGUUUGAGCUCGGGCUGGGGAUGAAGUGCCAGACUGCGCGGUGGUCUGCGCUCAACCAGUCGAUCUACUGCGGGAUGGACGACGGGUCUGUGCGGGUGUUUGAUGCCGAGACGCAGCAGGAGCUUGCGCACCUCGACGGGCACCGGGCACGUGUGCAUGACCUCUCGUUCUCGGACGACAAGCAGAUGUUCAUCACGGCGUCCAAGGACAAGACGGCGAUGCUGUGGGAUGUCAAGAGCAACGCGGUGAUCCGGACGUACCGGACGGAGCACCCGGUCAACUCGGCCAAGAUCUCGCCGAUCUACGACCACGUCAUUCUUGGCGGUGGCCAGGACGCCAUGUCUGUGACGACCACGCACUCGCGUGUCGGCAAGUUCCAGGUCCGGUUCUUCCAUGCUGUGUACGAGGAGGAGCUCGGCGGCGUGACCGGCCACUUCGGUCCCAUCAACUACCUCGACUUUGCGCCGAACGGGCGCGGGUUUACCUCGGGCGGUGAGGAUGGUUACGUCCGCAUCCACCACUUUGACGACUCGUACUACACCCAGGCCGAGGAGUUUAAGCUCCGCGACGAGAUUGCGGCGCAGAUGGAGUAAAGUAGCCGCAGCGCUG